AUGUGGCUAUGCAAAUUCUUGACUUGCUCAAAAUCUAGCCAAGUCACCAAAGAGGCCCAACCUUUGGCUGAAGCUAUUGCAGAUGGCCAAUCAGUGGUCUUGGGUCCCAUAUUUCUAGCCUACCUUUAUAGAUGCCUUCGUGAUAUUGUUUUGCCCAAACUCAUGUCAUGCAACCCCUCAGGCCCGAUUUGGCUUUUUCAGCUGUGGCUCCAAGUUUACUUCCCGGAGUUGGGUCUAGCCAACGUCACAUUCCGAGGUGACUCACUUCUAGGAAAAUCAAUUGCUAACCUUCCCUUGCCCAAACAUCAUGUUGAGGAUUGCUUUCGAUUUUUCUAUAGGUGUUCACAAAGGUCACUUAGUGACUUAUCCAUGUGCUUAGAUCAUCGUUACCCGGGUUAUUUGGCCUUGGACCUUGCCAACGUCUCCACACUGGAGACCAAGGAAGAAUGA